UCAGUUGGGGGCUUGCAUACCACAGAUAGAGAGGACUUCUGUAGAGGAACAGUGGAGAUAGUGGACGGUGUGCAGCUUAGUAAAGUUUUGUGGGAUUACCGAGGACAUUUAAUUCUUGUGUGCAUUCAGAUACCUAAAUGAAAAUAUUCUCCUGAAAUUCAUCACCGACAACCAGGAUAUUUAUCAAAGUGCAAUGUUAAACUGCUGAAAGAGGUGAAGCACAAGCCAUCCUGAAGAAUCUCCAGAACACGCAGAAACAGUUUGCUGCAUUUACCAGAUAAAUGAAGCCAAGUCCCGACAUGGAGAAACAUCAGAACUCUGUCAAGAGUUUUACUAAACAGAGUAAUCUCAAAAUACACCAGCGCAUUCACACAGGAGACAAACCGUAUCACUGCUUAGACUGUGGGAAGAGUUUUAAUAGACCGGGGACUCUAAAACUGCAUCAGCGCAUUCACACAGGAGAGAAACCUUAUCACUGCUCAGACUGUGGAAGUAGUUUUACUCAACAGAUUCAUCUAAAACGACACCAGCUCAUUCACACAGGAGAAAAACCGUAUCACUGCUCAGACUGUGGAAAGAGUUUUACUAAACAGAGUCAUUUCAAAAUACACCAGCGCAUUCAUACUGGAGAGAAACCGUAUCACUGCACAGACUGUGGGAAGAGUUUUACUACACAGAGUGAUCUCAAAAAACACCAGCGCAUUCACACAGGAGAGAAACCGUAUCACUGCUCAAACUGUGGGAAGAGAUUUACUGAACACAAUAAACUCAAAAUACACCAGCGCAUUCACACAGGAGAGAAACCGUAUCACUGCACAGACUGCGGGAAGAGUUUUACUGAACACAGUAAACUCAAAAUACACCAGCGCAUUCACACAGGAGAGAAACCGUAUCACUGCACAGACUGUGGGAAGAGAUUUACUGAACAGAGUAAUCUCAAAAUACACCAGCGCAUUCACACAGGAGAGAAACCGUAUCACUGCUCAGACUGCGGGAAGAGUUUUACUGAACACAGUAAACUAAAAAAACACCAGCGCAUUCACACAGGAUAGAAACUCCAUCUCAAAUCAGUUUGAAGGCAAUUAAAAGCGCAAAUCGUAAAUCUUUCGGACAGAACACCUUAUCCUACACAAAUGUUUCACUUUGUCACUUGGGACACGUUCCACCAGAAACAAACAUGAACUGAAUUUAACAAUGGAAUUUACAGAUUCAGCAAAAUGAACCUUAUUCAGGGAUAAUGUUUUUUGAAUUCCAUGUUAUGUUUUCCUGUAUGUUUGAUAUUCCAGGACAUUCUCCGUGAGACAGAGCUCAGUUUUUAGGGUAGUUACAGUAGGAGUUCAGUGCUGAAGAAGGGAAGGUCGUACGAAGUUUGAGCGAGGGCACUGCCAGUGUUUGCUCCAGAUGUUAGAUU